GAAAAAUAUGUUAACAAAUAUAUUGCGCAAUUACUGGGCUAUUUUUGCUUAUUAUUUGUUUACGAAAGUAGUGCGCACCGUAUUUGUCUGUGCAUGCGUAUUAAUACAGAAUUCCAGGGAGCUUGUCAUCUGACAUAGAGUAGGGCGGAUAUUGUAUUUAAACGAAAGAGAAGAUUAACUGAUAUCAAAAUGGUAUCCGGCGGCAUGACCUGUGUCAAAUACGUGCUAUUUGUUUUUAACCUUAUAUUUGCCGUAUCUGGCAUUGCAAUUCUUGUCACUGGUGCCAUUGUUCAGAAUUUUUACUCCAAUUACACGGAUUUCAUUCAUGGAAAAUUCUUCGUUGGUCCAGUUUUGCUCAUUGUUGUGGGAGUUGUUGUCUUCGUGGUUGCAUUUUUUGGUUGCUGUGGUGCUGUUAAAGAAAACCACUGCAUGAUCAUGACUUUUGCAGGUUUUCUUCUUGUUCUCUUUGGACUUGAGCUGGCUGGUGGUAUCACAGGCUAUGUGCUACAGGAUGACGUUGAAAGUAUGCUACAGACUGCCCUCAACAAAUCGAUGAGCAAAUACUCUUACAACAAAGAGGUCACAAAAUCCUGGGAUAUUAUGCAGCAUGAUCUGACUUGCUGUGGCACUAACGGAGCUGAAGAUUGGUUUAACGUGUACUACAAGAACCACACCCUGCCUGAUACUUGCUGUCCCAAUGCAUCUCCAUGUGAAUAUAGUAACAAAGAUCAUUAUGUUGAUGGUUGCCUGUCAUUACUGGAAGAUAAAGUCAAACACUAUGCUCUUCUUCUGGGUGGAGUUGGAAUUGGUGUUGCCUUCAUUCAGUUGAUUGGUGUGAUUUUUGCCUGCUGCCUGGCCAAAUCCAUUCGGAAGGAAUAUGAAACUGUGUAAUUUAAAAGUAUUGAAUCUUAAAAAGAUUGAAUACAUGUCUCAAAAGUAAACUGAACAGAUUCGUAUAAUCAUUGGAAAUGGAAGCAUUGAACGAUUCAUUAAAACACUUGGCAAUCUUAAAACUUUUGCAUACCGUGUAGUGUAUUAGAAUAUAAAAUAAGCAAACAAACAACUAUUAACACUAUAAUUGCCAUACGCAUUUCAACCUCAAAAGGUCAUCAUCAGUGGCAUCUGGGAAAUUAAUUCAUUUAAUCAAAUGGUUUAAACUGGAUUUAAAAAUAAAUAAUGAAUAGGACAUUUGAUGAAAAGUAUUUCAAGUGACACUGCAGUAGAUGAUGUUAUUCACAAGGGUUGAACUCUGCACUUAGCUAUUGAUCCGUUGGUCCAGUGGCCAUAGCUGGUCUCCAGAGUUCACAGGUACGGAAGGCACAACCACAGCUCGCCGCAGACCAGCUACGGCCACCAGACCAUCCAAUCAAUAGUUAAGUGCAGAGUCCAACCCUUGUGAAUACCAACAUCUAGUGCAGUGUCGCUUGAAAUACUUUUCUUAACUACCCUAUUCAUUAUUUAAUUUGUAAAUACAGUUUAAACCAUUUUAUUAAAUGAAUUAAUUUCCCUGAUGCCACUGAUGAUGACCUCUUGAGGUUGAAACGCGUAUGGCAAUAGUGUCUUUUAUAUAGUGUUAAUAGUUGUUUGUUGCUUAUUUUAUACACUUGGCAAUUUUUCAAAUUUUAUAACUGAAGAUUUUCAUUUCAGACUUGUACUGGAAGUAAAACUAUUACAAGCCACUAGUUUUUUCCAUGUAAGAGAGUGUGUUCAUGGUGAUAAAAUAAAGAUUCAGUUCUGGAUAAUUUUUUUAAGGUACACAACUCAGUUAUUCCUUAAGAAAAAUAAAGUGCCCAAUUUACUAGAUGGGUGCUUUGUUCAUAAAAUGGCAUUAGUGAAACAAUUUCUAAGCCAUUUUUGAUGACUAUUUUUACUUUGUGGUAAUAUUCUGAUUCAUGAACAUGCUGUGAACAAAAGUAAUGCCUCUGAUAAAGUUGAUGAGAGUGCAGAAGCUGUUGUGUAUGGUUGAUCAGUGACAUACCAUUUCAUUAUGCAGCCAUUCUCUCUUUGGUAAUUAAAACAACUGCACAGAACUAUAUCAAAUAUAUAUUAUCAGUUCCAGUUCUCAUUAAGUUGUGCUCAUAUUGAUUUACAUUUGACGAAGAGUGAUUGUAGUUCAUAGCACUACUUCAAAGUUCCACUUGACAUAAAACUUACCAUGUUGUCCUGGAACAUGGUACUUGACCUUUGUUGGUGAGGAAAGAUGCAGUCUGCUUGGUAGACAUUUCUGCCUAAAAUAAGUGUGCUCUUCAUUGUAACUUAAUAGUGCUUAAUAUAAAAUCUGUUAGGAAUUCUCAGUGUAACAUUUUCUCCAUUUUUAAGCUAGGUUUGGAAAAAAAGUGAUAUGACUAAAAAUUAAUAAAAAAGAACUUGUAAUGUACACAUAGACUUAAUAACAACCUGUUCUUUGAGAAACUUGUUAAUAUUGUAUCCUACGUAUUUGUUUCCAUAGUGGGGAUGAUAUCAGGACUUCUGUGUUAUAUGUCCCUAGACCUGUUGGAUCCAGUGCAUGUUACUUUACAUGCAAUUUCCCUUUCCUCAACUGUGAUGGAAGGGAUAAAAUUUUGUGAAUGUUGACUUUCAUUAAUUUGUCUCCUCUGACCAUCAAAGUUGUCUGGCACAUGCGUACUAUUUGUCUCUGAAAUAUUCUUUCACCAUUUGCUUUUCCAAGGUCAAAUAUAGUAUAUCAGAAAGCAGUAGUGCAUCAAAUUUUCCUAUAACCAAUUCUAAAUGAUUGUCUGAAAUUGGUAAGUUAUUGUGAAUGUCAUGAAGAUUUGGUUUCCAUUUUGUUCAGUGAACAGCAGAUUCUGUCAUUCUGUUUUAUAUCAUCUGCCAUAAGUCAUCUCACUUUGCACAUUAAUUUACAGAUUUCCUUUGGUUCAUAGAGUAAACUUUGGCUAUUUUUCCAAACCUUUUUAAACUGGUGUUAGUAGUGAAGGGGCAGUAUAUUUUGUUGGAGAUACAGACAUUUGAAAAUAUUGUUAGUAGGUUUUGUAAAAUGCCAUGGGAGGGAAAUAUUUCCAGAUGUAUGUUCUGUUAUUUUAUAUCAUACAGACAAAUAGUAUAUGGUAGGGUUUAUUAUAAUGACCAGUUCCUGGUCCUUAAUUCAAGUAAAUUUUUUCUGGCCAUUUUACACAUUUCUUACUUUCAGUACAGGUCUGAGAUGAAACUGAUGCAACAUACUGUAUGGUAUUACAAGCUAUUUGCCCUACAGAAAAAGGUGAAUGACUUUGAAGUUGAUAAAGUAUGAUAAAGGACUUUACUGUAUUUUGCUCUCAUAAAAUUAAUAGUAUAAGUCUAUUUCUAGAUGUGUUUUUGUAGUUUAGUUCUAUGUUAGUUUACACGUAUAAUACAUAGUAAUGUCUCAUGUGUUUUGUAGAAUUUGGUAUCUCGGUUGUCCUUUGUUUCUGAAAACUUGUGGUUUAUAUAUAGCUACAGGUAUUGUCUGACCUUGAGUUUUGUAUUUGCAUAAUGAAUCUCUUUAUAUAAUAUUUCUAUGCAAUUUUGUUACUUAAAUUUAAUUUUACUGAUAAUACAAUUGUUACACAUAUAUCUGUACGAAGGUUGGUUUAGUUUCUGUGGAGGCGUAAGUAUGCAUUUAAGACUGAUCUAGUGAGGUAAUUGCACUCUUUCACUGAUACUUUUAAAUCUCAGUUGUGUAAAGCUGUGCACUUGGUGGUGGAAAUUUUAGUCAAAGCAAUGAGAGAACAAGCACUUUAUUUUGUAGUUUUCGGUAUUUCUUGGUUCAUACAAUUGUCAUGGAUAAAGAAAUCACAAUGCAUAUAGGAUUAUGACCAGUAUCCUAAUGCCAUCACACUUAAUACAGUGAAUACAUUUUUAAUUUUAACAUUAUUCUGAAUAUUCAUGGCAGUUGCCACAGAUUUUUGAUGUUCCAUAAUAUUAAAUGUGAUAUGUAAAAUCUAUUCUAGCAUUGUAGUUUAAAGAGAUAAUGUAUUACAUGGUUACUAAAUGAAGAGAAUAAAAACAUUACUGUAAAAUGUUUGGUGUUCA